GGAGCCCGUGAAGGUGACAGAAAGUGGAGUUGCUUUGCCUUGAGUUUGCAGACAGCUGCAAAAGGAACAAUCUCUCCUGUUUUUGUCCUGAGCGGAGAGAUUAUUUUUCUUGGACUUUCGCCCGGAGGUGACCUGUGAUCUGUUGGCGAUGGGAAGGCUGGACAACCUUGGCUUGUUGACUCUCGCCCUCAGAUACAACCUUACGGUAGUCGGGAAGAUCUGGAUUACAGUAAUAGUAUUGCUUCGCCUACUUGUAAUCAUUGGCAUUGGCUAUCCUCUGUACCAGGACGAGCAAACAAAAUUUACAUGUGACUCCAUGCAGCCAGGGUGCUCCAAUGUGUGCUAUGACACCUUCUCCCCCAUAUCUCACUGCAGAUUUUGGUUUGUACAGGCAAUCGUGCUCUGUCUGCCUUUGGUGAUCUUCAUUACUUACGUCACUCACAGGCUGCCCCUGCAAAAUGCAAACAACCCUUGCCAGCAUCCUCAAAACCCAGUAGAGACUUCAUCAAUCAGAAAAGUGCCAGUGGGAAGAGCUUCUUUAAUACACAGAAGCUGUGAGACGAACCUUGGUUUAGAGGACGGCUGUGGUGAACCUCAGGCAGUAAAUGACGAUCUCAGAACAGGGCAAAGAAUUCAUAAUUUUUGUGAGGCAUAUGUGCUUCAAUUACUUCUGAGAGCUUUACUGGAAGCAGGAUUUGGGGUCAGCCAAUAUUACUUGUUUGGAUUUUUUGUCCCAAAUAAGUUUGUUUGCUCCAGUUAUCCAUGUGCCAACAUAGUGACAUGUUAUCCGUCCAGACCCACUGAGAAAACUCUGCUGGCUAACUUUAUGUUUGGAGUCACUGGACUCUCAUUUUUGCUGAACUUAGUAGAUUUAAUUUAUGUCACUAAGCAAGGUGUAAAACAAAGCAAGAGGAGGAAGUUGCUGAUGAGGAACUUUUAUCAAGAAGAGCCCUAUCACGAUAUCCCAACUGACACCCAUGUGCUUCCUGAGCAGAAAGCAGUCCAAGAGUAUGGUCUGCAUGUGCGUGAAAGGCAUGAAAGUGAUGCAAGUGCUGCCAGUGAAGCAUCUUCCAAAUUAGGACAGGAGAAAGGAGCCUUUAAAGAGCCGGAGGUGCUUUUGGAGAACGUGGCCCUCUCCAACACCAACAGCAACAACACACACCUCACCACGAUCGCACCAUCCCCAGGCUCCACAGGAAGAACUGCCGACAAGGAUGCUGGGAAGUCAGCCCUGUGUGUGAGCGAGCAGGGGAUUGCUGCUCAUUCAUUCAAGGGGUGCGCAGGGGAGCUGCUGGAUCAGCAGGGUUCCAGAUUACGCCAACACGCACUGCAGAAGUCUGCUGCAUCUCCAGUGAGCAACAGCCAAUUGAUAGAGGAGUACAGGCUUGUUCAUAUGCGGAUUACAGACAAUAAGGAUGGUAGGAGAAAGAAAUCUGAAUGGGUUUAG